ACUUCAAUCUGAAUCGCCGGUUCUCUUCUAUGAGUUUCUACCCUUUGCCCAGUAAUAAUAUUUUGUGAAUCACAUCCAUUUAUAAAUUUAUUUUAUUGAUUAUAGCAUUUCUUUUUACUGAACAUGACCCACUAAGUCCAGUAAGAACACUGCCAACUCACUCCAACCACCAGGUGAACAAGUGGUUCUAUUUUUGGCACCAAACCUACGAACAUUAGAACUUAAGAGGCUUGGGCAAGGAGCCAAUCAGAAUCAGAGGAUAAAAUCAAGAUCGGACAAUAAGGGUUGCACAGAACCUCCGAAUCCAAAGACAGACUCGUCCGCCAACUCGCAUGGCACUCAUCGCUCAUCUCUCCUCUCCUCUUCUCCUCCCUCGUUAUCUUCACCACCCCUACCUAAACCCCAAACCCAACCUUACUCUCUCUUUCAGAAAUAGCAGAAUCAGGGCCGUUGGGGGCGGCGACAUGCUUGGUGACUUUGGGGCCCGGGACCCUUUCCCGGCAGAGGUAGAGAGUCGUUUUGCAGAGAAGGUGCUGGGCAACGGCAACACCGAGCACAAGAUCCUCAUCCCCAGCAUCUCCGCUCUCUCUCUUUCCCAGCAGCAGUGCGCCCCCCUCUCUCCUUUCCAGCCCCCCAUGUCCACUGAUGAGGUUCAGAAGCUCUUGAAAAAAGUGGUUGGCUGGAGGCUAUUGGAUGAAGAAGGUGGUCUUAAACUACAAUGCUUGUGGAAAUUGAGAGAUUUUAAAUGUGGGGUUGAACUCGUUAAUAGGAUUUAUGAGGUUGCUGAAGCUGCGGGGCAUUACCCAAACCUCCACUUGGAACAACCAAAUCAAGUUAGGGCUGAACUUUGGACAGCUUCCAUUGGGGGCUUGAGUAUAAAUGACUUCAUUGUAGCUGCCAAAAUAGAUGAGAUAAAAACAUCAGAUCUUGUCCCAAGAAAAAGAAUCUGGGCCUAGUUCAAGCAUUCAUUAUGUUGCUUUGCUGAAGAGGCCACAAAACCAAUUUGCCAUAUGGUUUGCCCGUGAUUAGUAGGUUUGGCAUUAUUGGAAGAAGAAGAAUCUUGUUGAAUGCCUUGUGUAGAACUUAUGAACUUCAGAAUUUUGACGACACAAAGUCAACUUGUCCUUGAAUCCGUAGCCUGAUGGUUUGGAUGAUUUUAAGAUUUGGGGUACACAUUAUAUUAGAAGAGCACAAUAAAUGUAUCAAACUAUAUGUGAAAUUUCAAUUUCAUUGAGCUUUUCAAAAACAUCUUGCACUAUCGCAGUGUGAGAUUAGAAUAUUA